AUGUUUACCUUUUUCAAACUUGCGAUUUUGUUCCUCCUUGCGAGAAUUGUGGUAACCAAGGUAGGAGAAGAAGUUGCUUUCACCUAUAAUGGAUUCAAAGGUGCUGUCCAAAAUGGUAUUGGGCUAGACGGCACAGCAGAGAUCACAUCCAAUGGCCUCCUCCAGCUGACCAUGUCCUCCUCGCAAGUAAAGGGUCAUGCCUUCUACUUUAGCCCGAUUCAUUUCCUCAACCAGUCCUCAUCAAAUGGUGGCGCCGCUGCUGCUCUCUCCUUCUCUACCACUUUUGUCUUUGCCAUAAUCACCCAGCACCCCCGGUUUGGCGGUCACGGUAUAGCCUUUUUCAUCGCACCCACAAGAGUUUUCCCUUCUGGGGUUUUUCCAAGCCAAUAUCUUGGUCUCUUCAAUAUCAGCAACCUUGGCAAUUCAGACAAUCAUAUAUUCGCAGUCGAGCUCGACACCUUACAGGACUUUGAGUUCAAUGAUAUCAACGACAACCACGUUGGUAUCGAUAUCAAUGGAUUGGAGUCCGUUGCUUCCGCUCCGGCGUCCUAUUUCGAUAAUAACGGUCGGCCCAAAAACCUAACCCUGAAAAGUGGGGACUCCAUGCAAGUCUGGAUUGAUUACGACGGUGUACACAAGCAGCUCAACGUCACAAUAGCUCCAUUCAAUGUUUCUAAACCUGCUCUUCCUCUGUUAUCUCUGUCUAGAGAUCUUUCUCCUGUCAUCAAGGACCCCAUGUUCAUAGGUUUCUCAUCCUCUACUGGUUCCCAGCUUUUCGCAUCACACUAUCUGUUGGGAUGGAGCUUCAAGCUGAACGGGACAGCAAAAGAUCUCGAUCUCUCAAAACUUCCCCUGCUUCCCCCACAAGUACCCGUCAAAUUAAAGAAGAAACAGGCUAUUCUGAUUAUUGGCUUUCCUGUAAUUGCUGCUGCUUUAGUGUUGGCAACGAUCUUUGGCAUCCUGAUCAUGGUGAAAAGGAAGAGAAAAUAUGCUGAAGUGCUUGAAGAAUGGGAACUCGAUUAUGGUCCUCAUAGAUUCAAGUAUAAAGAUCUCUAUGUGGCGACUAAGGGGUUUAAAAACAAGGAGCUACUGGGUAUUGGUGGCUUUGGUAGGGUGUAUAGAGGUGUAUUACCCACCUCCAAAAUCGAAGUUGCAGUGAAGAAAAUCUCCCAUGAGUCCACACAGGGGAUUAGGGGAUUCGUUGCUGAGAUCGUUACUGUUGGUCAUCUACGGCAUCGGAACCUAGUAACACUCUUGGGGUAUUGCCGGCGUAAAGGGGAACUCCUUUUGGUAUAUGAAUUCAUACCCAACGGAAGUCUAGACAAGUUCCUCUUUGAUCCAUCAACGCCGGUGCUGGAUUGGACUCAGAGAUUUCAAAUUAUUAGAGGUGUAGCAUCUGCACUGUUUUAUCUACACGAAGGAUGGGAGCAGGUUGUGGUUCACAGAGACGUCAAGUCUAGUAAUGUUCUACUGGACGGGGAAUUCAAUGCAAGAUUAGGGGAUUUUGGACUUGCGAGAUUGUAUGACCAUGGAACUCAACCUGAAACAACACAUGUGGUUGGGACUUUGGGUUAUAUUGCACCAGAAUUUUCAAGAACAGGCAAAGCCAACACGAGCACAGAUGUGUUUGCAUUCGGAACUUUUAUGUUGGAAGUUGCUUGUGGGAGGAGGCCAAUAAUUUCAAGAGCAUCAGAAGAGGAGGAAGUAGUGUUGGUGGAUUGGGUGUUCUCUUACUGGAGCAGAGGGGCAAUUCUUGACACAGUGGAUCCAAACUUGGGGAUAAAUUAUGUAGAGAAUGAAAUGGAGUUGGUGUUGAAGCUUGGAUUGCUUUGCUCCAAUUGGGUUCCAAUAGCAAGGCCAAGUAUGCGACAAGUUGUGCAGUAUUUGGAAGGAGAACUUCCUCUACCAGAUUUGUCAUCUCUUAGUCUGAGUGGUGGUAGUGGUUUAAUAUUUGCAGAUGGCCACGAAGGCUUUGACAAUUUUGUCAGGCUUCCAUCACCAUCUAUUACAGAAUGGACGCUCUCUGGAGGACGUUGAUUCUAUCCUACUGACUGUUGUUCGCCUUUGGCCAGUCUACUGGGCACUAGUAGGGCCAAAGGCCACCUAGUCCUACAUACGUCAGAAUAUGGCAGAGUUUGAUCCCACAACAUCUUCCCCUUGGUGUCGGUUUUUCAAGUUGAAGCUGCCACCACUAGGCUAAGCUACUGUUCAUUUAUUAGGUUUUAAAUAUACUUUGUGUUUUGUAGUA